AACAGAAAAUCGGGGAGACGAAUAAAACAUAAAUGCAUGAGGAAACGAUAUCGACUAAAAGCACAAAUAAAAAAACGACAUAAGCACGGCUAACGACGUUGUAUCUUGAAACGACAAUAUACUAGGAAAUAUUAUCAUCUCCAAAAUACGUCGUCGAGAAAAAGCGACAUCUUUAAACAAAAUGGGCGUUUUUCAAGAAAACGGCGAUAUCUAAUAAACGACAGAAACUAGAAAAUUUUACGCAAGUGAAUUACAGCACACUCGAAAAACGACAAUAUCUAAAAUACACGUCGUGCGACAGCACCUUGAAUACGAAAAUCUAUCUUCCACCGUGCGCACAAAGAUGAAAAAGAAAACAUGACGGAAAUUCCAUUAAGAAGCCCACAUGCUGCCACGUGUCAGUCUGCUUCCCACAAAAAAAAAGUAAAAAAAAAAAAAAGCACCAACUGUUCUCUCAACCGUCAUAAACUAACACUCUCCACGUCCGACGAGGAGUGAGACGGAGAAUCAAUCAGCCAUCAUCAGCUGUCAGUUAUGGCGUUGGCAGCCACUGUCUUCUCCAACACUCUCAAUAUCCAAUCCGUCCCAAGCACCAGUAACAGUCCGCCACGUGUUCUCUCCACCCCCACUCGCAGCGUCGGCUUCUCCCUCACUCCCACUUCUGUCGACAACCUACGACUCCGACUCUCUCCUCGGAAAUCGCACCCCGUACCCUCUGCAGUUUCUGGCUCUCCUGGGAUUGAAUCUCCAGUUACCAGUGAAGAUGCACCAAAUUUGUUGGACACGGUCAAAGUGUUAGAUUUGAAUGGAAACGAGAUUCCCAUUUCUGAUUUAUGGAAAGAUAGGAAAGCUGUAGUUGCAUUUGCUCGCCAUUUUGGAUGUGUGUUUUGCCGCAAACGUGCUGAUUAUCUUGCCUCCAAGAAGGACAUAUUUGAUGCAUCUGGGGUGGCCCUUGUUCUGAUUGGACCUGGUAACAUUGAUCAGGCAAAGGCUUUUUCUGAGCAGACAAAGUUCAAAGGAGAAGUUUAUGCUGAUCCUACUCACUCAUCAUACGAGGCACUAAGAUUUGUUUCUGGGGUCACAACCACAUUUACUCCCAAAGCAGGUCUUAAGAUAAUACAAUUAUACAUGGAAGGAUAUCGGCAAGAUUGGAAGCUUUCGUUUCAAAAGGACACCGUGACUAGAGGCGGAUGGCAACAAGGUGGAAUUAUAGUUGGAGGUCCUGGAAAAACCAAUAUCUCGUACAUUCACAAGGACAAAGAAGCAGGAGAUGAUCCUGACAUAGAAGACAUUUUGAAAGCAUGUUGCUCAUGAAAAAGAAAAGAGAUGAAGCAUCUCUUCAGCUCUAUGUUUUUGGCAAAGGGAAAAGUUGUACAUGGAAUUCUUUUUUAUGCUUUUGGUGACUUGGAGAAUCGACGUUUGGUUCAUGGAUU